AUGUCGACGGGGAUGAGCGCAUACAGUUGUAUGCGCUCUAUCAAACGAGUCCGCCCUUCCCCUCGAAAUGACCGCUCCAUCGAUGUACCCCGGUUCGCUCCCGGUUCGUUUAGACCGCUGUCGCGAUUUCGACGAGCGAUGCACGCGACCUGCCGAACCAUCUCCCCGACAUUGAACUCGAUCGAUCGGACGAUACACAACGGAACGGGCGUUGGAAACAAACCUGUGUUGGAAUUGUGGCGGUUCACAGCAGGCCAAUUUCAGUCCUCUCCGGUACGCUUAUUAGGCGCUCGCGGGCUCGUGACUACGUCUGUGUCGAGAUCUCAGACUGCCACCGUGGAGUCUGACCAACCUCUAGAGGCUAUAUUGGAAGAUGCACCUCCAGUGACGGACGAAGACCUGUCUGAAAUUGAGCAAAAGAUCAAGAAGAAGGAUGUUAGGUUCCUUCACCAUGUGUGUCGGCAGUCGCGCAAUCUAUGGUUGGAGUUCAGAUUCUCCGAAUUGGCCCAGUUGUUCGGGGAGGAGACCUGUCGUGCUGUCUUCCAGAGGAAGGGCCAGGAGAAAGUGACAGUGACAGUGACGUGCUCAGCGCCGACAAAGGUAUGUUUUGAUUAUCCGAUGCAAUGCAUAUUCUCACAGAAUGACCUCCAGGAAGAAGCAGAAAGAGAUGCUUGUAAUCUCCUGAUUGUAAAGCUCAAGGAAGUUGGAAUUUGGGAGAGCCUGUCUUCGCUCAACGCCGAACCUCGAAUUGACGUCCGCAUGAAUGAAGACCUUCUUUUUAACAUCAAGCAUGCGCAGAAGAAACUUGACUCGGCAAAGAAGGCCGUAUAUAAAACAAUUGGGGGAGCGAGUCCGAAUACCUCGCUUUCGAAGGAUAAAAGAAUGCAGGUGUCAGAUUCAUAUCGUGAGAAGAGAUCUAAAGCCUUGACAGAGUCGCUGGAAUCCAUUCGCAAGUCCAGCGAUAAGCAUACACUUGCGAUUCGUGUGGUCAAGUCUGGUUUGCCGGUGAACAAGCUCAAAAAAGACAUCCUAAACCUCGUCAAUGACCACACAUACAGCAUUAUUGUUGCUGAGACUGGUUCUGGAAAAUCAACCCAGGUUCCUCAAAUCAUCUUGGAUGAUGCAACCGACCGAGGAGAGGGAGGACUUUGCAAUGUUAUCUGCGUUCAACCAAGGCGGGUAGCAGCGCAAAUGCUUGCACGGCGAGUUGCCGAGGAAAGGCAUGACAAAACAGGCACAAUGGUUGGUCAUAUGGUUCGCUUCGACAAUCAGAUGCCAGCCAAGAGCGGUGCUAUCACCUAUUGCACCACAGGUAUAAUGUUGAACAUGUUGCAAAACCCCAGCGCCCCUAUCAAUCUAUACUCUCACAUCUUGCUCGACGAGGUCCAUGUUCGCGAUGUUGGUAUUGACUUUGUGAUGCUGCUUUUGAAGCGCCGCAUUAAUCAACUACGGGAGACUGGGGGCCCUGUGCCUAAGAUUGUUGUGAUGAGUGCAACGCUGGACGUUGAUCUUUUCUCAUCUUAUUUCCUCAACAAAGGGCCAAACGGAACCCUUCUUCCUGCUCCACACAUUUCUAUCCCGGGACGCCAAUAUUUUGUUAAAAGGCAUUACCUUGAGGAGCUGCUUGACGAUUUGAAGACUUCACCUGAUUCAAAAUCCUUGUCGGCUUUACUGGAAGAACGAGAGACCGUGAGUUUUAUCGAAGACCAAUACAAACAUUACCUUUCACCCGUUGCCGAGGAUUCUCAAGAAGUCGCCCUGGACGUUCCGGACGCCGACAUCGAGGACCCAAGCAUAGAGGCCCCCUCUGAGUCUUCUCCCGAUCUGGCUGUCGUCAAGACUCCCGGUGAAGAUCCAAACGUCCCCUUUGGUCUAAUUUGUGCGACGAUUUACAACAUCUUGAAAACCACCAAAAGCGGUGCCAUCUUGGUCUUCCUCCCGGGCAUGGCCCAUAUUCUCAGUGUAGAGCGCAUGCUACAUGGUUCCGCAGGUAGCAUGGAAUUCAAAUUACAAGAUGAACAACUGUUCCGCAUCCUGAAGUUACAUUCCGAACUCCCAGAGGAGCUUGCAAAGUUGACCCUCAAGGUGCCCGGUGGAUGCCGGAGGAUCCUGCUGUCAACGGACAUUUCUGAAGCAUCUCUUACUCUCCCGGAUGUUGAGUAUGUAGUCGACGCCGGGAGAGUGAAUCAAAUGUUUUCCAGCCAAAAGUCACUUUCCAAUCGGAUGGCCCUGCAUUGGAUCAGUCGGUCUAGCUCCUCUCAACGGGCAGGUCGAGCAGGCAGAGUCAAGAAUGGACAGUAUUUCUUCCUCGGCACUCAGCGGUGCUACGAUUCUCUUCGAGUCACCAAUGCUCCAGAGAUCGUGCGCACCGAUCUCCAAGAUAUUUGCCUACGUGCAAAGCACAUGGUCCCGGAUUCAUCCAUUUCAGACAUUCUAAAUGAAGCCAGUGAGUCGCCAGACAGAGACAAAGUCGACUUAGCCGUGGAGUCUCUAGGCCACCUGGGCGCACUUCGACCAGAUGAAGAUAUUGCGCCACUCGGUGAACUCCUCGUCCAGUUGCCUCUUCAUCCGAUCCUUGGCAAAUUGGUAAUCUUGGGUGCUAUCUUCCGCUGCCUGGAUCCUCUGCUGAUCUUAGGGGUUAUCGGUGUCGAUGGAAGUCUGUUUCAACGACCCAAGCUUGAGGACCAACAAGUUGCGCUCCGAAAUAUUCGUUAUGCCUUUGCCAACAAAUCUUCCAGCGACCAGGUUGGAUCGAUUAAUGCUUUCAAAGCUAUACGGAAAGAAUGGAAGGAGAAGGGCAAAUUGGCCGCAUCUGACUUCGCCUUUACAAAAUUCAUGCAUUUCCACAACUUCUGUGCCAGUCAGGAUUCGGCUGAGAUGAUCCUCGACCGGCUAGGUCGGAUGGGGAUCCCAAUUAAGGCCGACAACAACAAUGAUCAAUUCGGCGGCGCAGAGCUCAACGUCAACUCGGAAAACAUCCUUCUCGUCAAAACAUUGCUACUACAUUGCCUGUCUCCACGAAUUGCAUUCCCCAAGACCUACAAGAACGGCAACGCUCACGAAUAUCAAACUCACUCGGAGAACAAAAAGCCAGUCGUGUAUGGCGUGAGCCCUAGCUGCGAUGGAAAUCGCUCCGGCUCUGUGGCUGUAUACGGUAAAAAGACGCAAAUCUCUCCCGGUCAGAUGGUCAUGUCCGACCUUUCCCUCGUCAGUCCUCUAACCGCGAGUCUCUUUGGAGGAAAAACACGUAUCCCGGGGGAAGAGCCCAAGGACGACCUUCUUGUGGAGGAUUUCAUGCCAAUAAAUUUCAAAAUGAAGGAUAUGGAUGAUUUACCAGCAUUUGCGUCCCAGUGCGUCGCUCACUUCCGCUAUGCAUUUUCUGCGGCCUUGCGCGCUUACUACACAUUACUGGUGCAUAAAAGCCAUUUGUCUGCGGCUGAUAAAGAAAAGCAAAACCUAAUCACGAACCUCACCGACGAAUUAUACAUUGCCUUGAUACAGUCAGUCACCGAGGUCUUGAGUCGCGACCUCCACCGCAUUUCCCCUCUUGAGCGACUCUCAGCUCGAUGGGAAACAACCAUUCUAGAUGACGAGCUUACGGAAUAG